AUGUUUCAGACAGCCGUAACUCCAGUAUGCUCAUUCGUUAACUUUUCCACACAAGUUGAUCACUCCACUAAUCUGAAAGAAGUUCUUGCCAAGAAGAUUCCCGCCCAUAACGCUAAAGUGAAGGAAUUCCGCUCGCAGCAUGGUUCUACGGUCAUACAGUCUAUCACUGUCGACAUGGUGUAUGGUGGAAUGCGUACAAUGAAAGGGAUGGUUACUGAGACAUCAGUACUUGAUCCAGAAGAAGGAAUCAGAUUCCGAGGAUACUCUAUUCCGGAAUGCCAGAAGUUGUUACCGAAAGCUGCUGGAGGUGAAGAACCUAUCCCGGAAGGAAUUUGGUGGCUUCUCUGCACUGGUGACAUACCAAAUGAGAAACAGACGUCGGCUAUCACCAAGGAGUGGAACGCUCGUGCCGAUCUUCCAGCUCAUGUUGCUCGCAUGCUGGACAACUUUCCCGACAACCUCCAUCCUAUGGCCCAAUUUGUGGCAGCGAUUGCCGCUCUAAACAAUGAGAGCAAAUUCGCGGCUGCUUACGCUCGUGGUGUUCCCAAGAGCAGUUAUUGGGAGUACGCCUACGAGGACUCGAUGGAUCUCCUAGCAAAACUGCCCACCGUGGCUGCAAUCAUUUAUCGCAAUCUCUAUCGUGAUGGCUCAGCUGUGGGAGUGAUUGACCCGAAAAAGGAUUGGUAUGUUUUUUUU